AUGAGCAAGAGAGCAUUUUUAUCGGUAGAUAAAAUAUUAAAAACAGAGCUACAGAGAAAGAAGAUUGUAAUUUUGGUGGCGACUCAAUGUUCUAUUCUUUUUAUGCUUAUAUUCUUUUUAUUUAGACGGAAAAAUAAUUUCAUGGGGGCAUUGCAGCAUACUCUCAUUUUGGACAAGAUGUAUGAUCUAUUUGAUCAAAUCAACAGUGAGGUGGAUGACUGCUUGAAGAAGCCAACACGAAAGGAGCAGAACCUGGAAUUUUCAAAGAUUGAGAUAUUGGAUCUAGACCCUAUUAGACUUUCUGAAAUGACAGCUGUUUUUGAGCUGAAAGGAAACAUAAGUGACUACAUACUAAUUAAGGGGGAGAAUGAGAGCGCGCCAAGUGUCAAGAUGGAGAAGAUAAUUGUAAAGCGAGUGAUUCUGAAGAUAGAAAACUCCCCAGAGGAGGAACGAAUAUCCCUAAUUGUUGACAACCCGCACAUUAUGAAAACACAUUUUACAUACAGGUGUAACUAUAUUAAUCACAAAGGCGUAGACCAGAAGCUGCUUUGGCUAUUCAUUGAACCAUUGAAUGUAAAGGUCUCCAUUAAGGAAAACGGAAAGAAAGAAGAUGAGAUUAGGCACAUAAUGAAGGACACUUUGAAAGGGCUUUCAUACCUGCACAGCAAGAACAUAGCCCACUUAGACCUCAAACUGUCUAAUGUCAUGGGGGAAAGACGCGAAGACAAUUCUAUUAUUUAUAAAAUUAUAGACUUCGGGUUUUCAAGAGAAAUUCCAAAGAACAAGGUUGAACAAGUCUAUCCAAAAAGAUGCUAUGGAACAUUCCCAUACAAGCCGCCUGAGGUGUGGGUGUCAAGCAUCCAUGGGCUAUCUUCUGACAUCUGGUGCAUUGGUGCAAUGUCUUUAUUUUUAGCGAAUAAAAAGUCCUCCUACUUCCAGAAGAAAACAUCAGGUGAUGCAACAGGUAAUGCAAAGGAUUAUACUGAGUUCAGGAGCUUUUUAGAUGGAAGGCUAUUUAUAAAGAUAGACACAGAUACAUCACCAGAAUUAGUGUCUUUUAUAAAGACGUGCAUGCGGCGAAACAGAGAAGAAAGGCCCACUGCAGAGCAGCUUCUAAACCACGAAUUUAUUCAGGGAAAAUCUCUUUCUAUAGAGGCAGCCAGGAGUAUCCGGUAUAAUAUUUAA